AUGAAACUAUGCUACGACUUCGACCCAGCAAUGAGCGAGGAAAGAGUGAUCGAGAGGUGCCGACGAACGCUCCGAUCAGAGGAGGCAUACGCACUCUUGUCGGUCAGACCAAAGACCAUAAAUGAGUUGCGCGCCCACCUCAGCUGGAUAGACAAGACAAUUCCGCAUCUCAACGAAAGGAAAUCCAGUCAAACUGAUCCAGCAAUAAACCGAGUCGGAAGAUACGACAGAAGCGAAGAAAGAUCGCGCAGUCCGUCGAGGGAAAGACCGAUAUCUCGACCCAGCAGCAUCGAUCGCCAAAGCCAGCUCCAGCAUCAAGCCGGUCCAUCAGGUCAAGCAGCCCACUAUCGACACCGAAGCAGAUCUCCAGCCCCAGCAGCAUCAGCAGCCUACCGAGCCCCGUUCCAGCGAAAAGUCAACCGAGGGUUCCCGGUCCAGCAGAGGCAUGAUCAAGCAGCAUUCAACCCGAAAAACCACAUCCAAGGCUACACGGAGGAUCUGGAACAAUUCGACGAAAACGGCAGAUACACUGGCAACCGCAGACUCCCGGACGGAAGGGUCCUGUGCAACUUCUGCAACAACAUCGGCCAUACGUACAAGUAUUGCCGGCGCAGGUUGGGCGAGAAGGACCGUACCCUGGCCGAUUGGGCCUCGGCAAACUCCUCGGGCCGUUAG